UGAACCCUCACUCGUGCCCUCACUCAGCAGUGCUGAUGCAUAUUCUCUGUCACCUAUACAGAUCGACAGACUCAGCAGCUCUCUGUCUCUGAGGCCAAUCUACUAAGAUCUCUGACUUCUUUCCUCAGUUCCAGUGAAAUAGUGUAUGGCAUUUUCCACUUGUUAUCAAAUAAAGCUACCUGACAACAGAGCAGACACCAGCUGCUUUGAUGAUCUUUAAUCAGGAGCUUCCAGACAUCUCCAACCGUUCCAACUGAGGAGUCUUCCCUCGUACUUCCUGAGGAGACUCAGACAUGGCGACAGACCCUGCGACAGAACUGCCAUUCUUCUACGGCAGCAUCAGUCGCUCGGAGGCUGAGGAGCACCUGAAGCUGGCAGGCAUGGCAGACGGGCUGUUCUUGCUGCGCCAGUGUCUGCGGAGCCUGGGCGGCUACGUAAUCUCCCUGAUAUGGGACCUGGACUUCCACCACUACUCUGUGGAGAAACAACUCAAUGGCACCUACUGUAUUGCGGGUGGCAAGCCCCACUGUGGGCCAGCGGAGCUCUGUGAGUUCUACAGUAAGGACUCAGAUGGCCUGGUGUGCAAUCUGAAGAAGCCCUGUCUGCGCUCACCAGACAACCCCAUUAGAGCAGGCGUAUUUGAUAACCUGAGGGACAACAUGCUGAGGGAGUAUGUACGACAGACAUGGAACCUGGAGGGGGAGGCCAUGGAGCAGGCCAUCAUCAGCCAGGCCCCACAGCUGGAGAAGCUGAUCGCCACCACUGCCCAUGAGAGGAUGCCCUGGUACCACGGCAAGAUCCCUCGCCAGGAGGGGGAGAGGCGACUCUAUUCCAGGGCACAGCCAGACGGAAAGUUCCUAGUCAGAGACAGAGAAGAGUCCGGCACCUUUGCCCUUUCUUUGGUGUACGGAAAAACGGCCUACCAUUACCAGAUCCUACAUGACAAAUCAGGGAAGUACUCCAUGCCAGAGGGAACCAAAUUUGACACUGUGUGGCAGGUAGACUGUUCUGUCUUCUUCAACAAAUUGGUUCAAAUGUAUUAUGUCUGCUACCUCAUGGUAAAGUUUACCCCACUCUCCCUCCCUUCUACACUGCAGCUGGUUGAGUAUCUUAAGAUGAAGCCUGACGGGCUAGUGACAGUUCUGAGGGAACCAUGUGUGAACCGCAACAAUGCCAAACAGACUCCGGUUGUGCCCUCAGGGAGGUUGUCCAGAACAAAUAGAUACACACCGCCACCUGGAGUACCUCUGGGGGGCUCCACGGAAGUCAACACUUUGCCCCCCACUGACCGUCAGAUGCUGCCCAUGGACUGCAGUGAAUUUGUCAACCCUUACCAUGACCCCAAUGACCUGAAGAAGUUCUUCAUCAAUAGGGAGCAGCUGAUGAUUGACGAGGUGGAGCUCGGCUCAGGCAACUUUGGCUGUGUCAAGAAAGGAGUCUUCAAGACAAAUAAGGGCCACACGGAUGUGGCCAUCAAGGUGCUGAAGAGUGAGAAUGAGAAGCUGGUGAAAGAUGAGAUGAUGAGGGAGGCGGAGAUCAUGCACCAACUGAGUAACCCUUACAUCGUCCGCAUGCUGGGGCUCUGCCAGGCUGAGUGCCUGAUGCUGGUGAUGGAGAUGGCUUCUGCUGGGCCACUCAACAAGUUCCUCUCCACCAAUAAGGAUAAGGUCACAGUGGAGAACAUUGUGGGGCUGAUGCACCAGGUGUCUAUGGGAAUGAAAUACCUGGAGGAGAAGAACUUUGUGCACAGAGACCUGGCAGCUCGCAAUGUCCUGCUGGUCAACCAACAGUUCGCCAAGAUCAGUGACUUCGGCCUGUCCAAGGCUUUGGGUGCUGAUGACAACUAUUACAAGGCACGCACUGCAGGAAAAUGGCCGCUGAAGUGGUAUGCUCCAGAAUGCAUGAAUUUCCACAAAUUCUCCAGCAAGAGUGAUGUCUGGAGCUUUGGUGUCACCAUGUGGGAAGCCUUUUCUUUUGGAGGGAAACCAUACAAGAAAAUGAAAGGUCCUGAGGUGAUCAGUUUCAUUGCCAGUGGGAGCCGCAUGGAAUGUCCAUCUGGAUGUCCAGAUAAAAUGUAUGCUCUGAUGAAGGACUGCUGGACAUACAAACACGAGGACCGGCCACGCUUUGUGAAGGUGGAGGAGCGCAUGCGAGGCUUUUAUUACUCUAUAUCCAACAAAACUCUGCCUGAGGGGACCACAGACGCUACUGAGCCUCUCAAAUAGUCCAGGGACAAGAUACACUCUGUCCCCGCACCACACAAUGCAAUCUUUGAGACAGACAAUGAGCCUCUUAUGAACUGGGAACAAGCUGACGGCUUCAGAAACAGGCAGCAACAGUAAACAGCUAAACAAGCCUUAUUGACGCAAAUGUGAGUCUGUAAUGAAAGUAAUUCAUAUUAGAACAGCCUUUUUUAUUAGCUCAGGACUGCAUCAUUUGUUGGUUUGAAUAGUUUGGAAGAAACUAAAAAAAAUGGUACAUGUUAGAAUUGUAAAACUGCAUAUUGAAAGUGUAAUUCCUUGAGAAUAUAAUUAGGUCUAGUGUGAAUUAUGUUUCUAUGUAUGUGCUUUAGCUCUCUAUACAUUUGUUAACACGUCAUGAUGAAUAAAACAUGUCACAGAA